AUGAAUAUCGAUCAACAGAAAUUCCCACCACCACCAUCGGCAAGUUUGCUGUGCGACAGCGGCUAUACUAAUGGCUAUGCCACUCCUAGCAACAGCAGCAUUACAACGACUUCGGCGGACACUUCUGCGUCGUCGCCCGCCUCACAGACGACUACCUACGUGAAUAUACCGAUAAUACCACACGGGCAGCUGAAUGCAUCCGCAUCCUCCACAUCAUCCGCGUCACCGCCAUUACCGCCGCCACCUCCUUCCGCUAUUUCAAUGAUGGGCGGCGGCAAUGCAUCCAACAGCGGUGGCACAAGCACCUUCAAAACUCCCCUGCUACCCAUGCCCACACUCGAGGACAUCGAAGGCGGCUUACUGGCUGCUACAUCUACUAAUACGCCCGCCCCAAUGCCCGUCGGUAUACUCAAAUAUCCGAAUGCCGCCUCUGCGGCAGCAGCAGCAUCGGUGGCAACAACACCGCUCAGUCUGCCGCCGUCUACGCUGAGUAUGUGUGGUGGCGGAAUGGGUCCAGGUCCACCAACGCAUCCGCAAUCACAUGCGCUGUCGUUGCCCACUUCUGCUGCGACUGGCGGUUAUGAGUAUGUGAGUGGUGUUGCAACUAGUUAUCAAUCAGCGUCACAUGCACCUCAGCAACAACAACUACCACCUGCCACACUUUCGCUUGCCAGCGAUAUGUUGCAGCAUGCAACGACGCCCAUAACGGUGCUUUCACUGCAGCAUACAACGCAGCAAUCAUUACCACCGCCGCCACCCCCUUCAGCGGGUUUAACCUCGAGCGGUAAUGCCAGCGGAGGACAUGGAAAUCACCCGACAAACCCCGCUGGUGGUAUGAGCAACUCCAUAGGUGCAGCUAGCGGUGGUGCGGACUCGAAGCGCUCAUCGAAAUGUUGCGCUUGUUUUGGCGGCAGUGGGAACUCCUCAACGGCAACGAAGUCACAGCAGAAAAAGCGACGCAAACAGAAGGCACAAACGAUUUGGUCGGCACUAUUGACGAAUCUAGGAAUUUGCGCUCUGCUGCUGGCGUACACGUUGUUGGGUUCAUUCAUAUUUCUAACAAUCGAGAGCGAAGACUCAACUUUCCUGCAGCAUCACUAUCACCAUCAUAGUCAUCAUACACUGCUGCAGCGUCAACGUCAGCAACAGCAACAACAACAACACCAACAACAACAGCAGCAGCAACAACAGCAACGUACACUUGCCUCAACCAAACGUGGCAGUGGCGGUAAUGUGGAAAAUAUUUAUCACACUUCACCCGAACAAACGCAUCUGGACAAUGGCACCGCGUUAUCGUCACUAACCGCAUUCUCUUCACUCGCCUCCUCCGCCGCUACCACUUCCUCGGCAUCCGCAUCUGCAUCAUUAUCGGGCGCUGCUUAUUCUGCUGCAUCAAAUGCUGGUGCUUCCAUCGCAAAUGCUAUGCUGGAGGGCAUUGUACCGUUGAGCGUUGAGCGCAGCGACACUGGUAGUGCUGGGGACUUUAGCUAUGGCGAUGAGUUGGGCGGCGAUGGCAUCAUCUCGGCACAACUGGCGCUGUCGGCGGACACGCAGGAAGUGCGACAACGCACCAUUGAGAAUAUCUGGGAUAUAACGGUGUCACUGAAUAUACUCUACAAGGAGAAUUGGACAAAGCUAGCUGCUCUGGAAAUUGCCAAAUUUCAAGACCAAUUAAUCAAGAGACUGAAUGAGGAUGCGCUGCUACAAUUAUCACACGAAAUGGAUGGCGGCCUCAGCGGUGGUGGCGGAAGUGGUGCGGCAAUGGCAGGUAAUAGUCCAGCCACAGAAGCUGUCCUACUACAUACACAUGGCGGUCAAUAUGGACAUGGGCAUGGGUCGCACGAAUGGAAUUUCGCCAAAGCGUUUCUCUACUCACUCACAGUGCUAACGACAAUUGGUUAUGGCAAUAUUGCACCGCGCACUACACUCGGCCGCUUGGUUACACUCGUCUAUGCCAUUUUCGGCAUACCGCUCACACUCGUUUAUCUCUCCAGCACCGGCGGCAUUUUGGCGAAAGUGGCACGUGAAGUAUUCUCAAAAGCGUUAUGCUGCUGCCUCUGCUCCAAUUGUGGCUAUUGUUGUUACGAUGAAAAGCGUAUGGCUGAAAAGGAGCGUCGCAUGAAACGGAAACGACAACAGGAGGAGUUGCGCAAACAACAACAGGCGGCCUUACAGGAACCCUACUAUGUGCACGACACAUUUCAAGCGUCCGAGAAACAAUCAAAUCUACCCACAGGCACGCAGAUGCUACCACCCGACAUUGAUUCGCUAAGUGCGAGCGAAUCGCGCGGUUCCAUGCAUGGACUGAGUAUAUUGGCGCCUAUUUUGUUGUGCCUUUCGAUGAUGGUCAUUUACAUUUUAAUUGGUGCGGUGGUAUUGUAUCGUUUAGAGGAUUGGCCCAUACUUGAUGGCAUCUACUUUUGUUUUAUGAGUUUGUCCACAAUUGGUUUUGGUGAUAUGCUACCGGGCUUGCGACGUGAAUCCACUACAACAACAUGGUUUUGCUCCAUAUACAUCAUGUCCGGCAUGGCAUUGACGGCGAUGUGUUUCAAUGUAAUACACGAGGAGAUUGUGCAUCGCAUCAAAAUCGUGGUGGAGUUCAAGAAAGGCGCCAAUGUAUUGGAUACGAUGAGUGAAGAGCAAGGCUACUAUAUGCCACCUUGACAAUAUGAAAAGGGCACAAGUUUGUACAAGCGCAAUCCCACCGAAGAGACGCUAGUAUCAGGCACACCAACUUCACUCGCCUAUGGCGCUCAGCUAGACACAGAUAUAAAUCAAAUGCAUACGUUGAAAGACUAUGUCAAUCAUGAGCUCGUGCCCAUACUUACUAUGGAUCCGAAUAGCUCUUCAGUGACCUCAACCCAUCUACUAAAGGGCGGUGGUGGUGGUGCCAAUGCACUGCCUUUAAAUAAUUUGUCACCCUAUACAAGCGUGUCAGUUACUGCUACCACGCCGUCUAAUCUGCUACCAACUGGUAUGGGACUAUCAACCGUG